AACAAAGAGGGACCGUCGUCACUCCGGAGGAGUUUCUCCAUGAUCUAUAGUCACGUGUCGGUGCCGGAUAUCUCGGUGACGUCAUGUUGAAAUUGCGAUCUCACCACUUGGCUUCAUAAAAGUCUGACGUUUUCUAUUACGCCCCACGCCAUCUGUUCCUCCUUUCUACGACAUACGAAAUAUCCUCAGUAACGUUUUCGAAAUGCCGCUCGAUACUCAUGUACGACGGGGUCAUCCGGUUGUCUUCGGUCUCCUCAUUCUCUUCGGAAUCAUCACACUCUCAAUAUCCGCGUGGUUAACUUCGCAAUUCAAUAAGCAUGGACAUCAGAACGGAAUAUCCCAAAGGGACCGUGUCCGAUACGUCUUGUUCGCCUCAACGUGGACUGUCGUAUUCUGCAUAUUCUACAUGGUUCUAUUCUUGCAUUCAGCCACAGGAUCAGUGCUCACUAGCAUCGCGUCUCACCUCAUUUUCCUUUUCCUUACAUGGGUUAUCUGGACCGCAGCCGCAGCCGCCAUAACCCAAAACCUCGGAGGAGGCUUGAACUGCAAAACUCAGGAUGUGUUCAUUUACUGUGGUCAACUCAAUGCACUUGAAGCAUUCUGUUGGAUAGAAUGGAUAUUGGUUACCUUGGCCGUCUUUUUCGUAAUUUUCCGAGGCAUUCAGGCCGCCCGACGCGGCGAUGGGUACCGAGGAGGUCUUGUUAGCGUAUAAGCAGGUACACGGUCAUUUUACGCAAGCCAUUCUUGGAUAAAAAUGAUGCGUCUAUGCGAUUGUACGAUAAUAUUUAUGACACAUAUUCACCUUAUUCAGUUAUGUGGUUAUUCCUGUUCAAUAAUGAUCAACUGGUGGCCGUAUUUUGGCUUUCUCGGGG